AUGGACCCAUGUCCUUUGUGGGUGCUGCUGCUCAAAAAGUUCAGCAUAGGAAAGCUGUCAGCCAUAGAAGUGCAGGAGCUUGCUUCAGCAGCAGUUAAGAGUGGGCUGGAGAGCCAGUGUGUGGGGAAGUUGGCUGAGCUUGGGGCUUGUGGGCAUUCACCUGGCAAUUGCCACAGAGACUUGGUGAGAAAGUAUUUUCGCUUUCUAGAAGCUCCAGAUCCCUGGGAGGUGUAUGGCCCCCUGGCUGUGAAGAAGGGUGGCCAUAGAGUAGAGCAGAUGACUGCCAUUCACCUCCUGCUACCUCACCACUGGGUCCUUCAGGCUGAAGAGAACAACUUCUUGAAGAGUUUGUGCUGCAAGGAUGAAGAAUUAGUUGCUUUCUGGAAGAGCCAAUCUUCAUGCCCCCAGAUGACAGCUGAGCUGAAGAAAGUGAUUGAAACAUCACAACCAAGACAGCUUCCAGUGCCAUACCUUUUGCAUGGAGAUGCAGCGCCCUUCACAGAGGUGGACAGCAUCCAGGUGCUCAGCUUCAGGUGCUUGCUUUCCAGCAAGGCAGUGACCCAGAGCCAGAUGCUAAUCGCAGCUGUGCCCAAGGCUGCCAUGACCAAGGAGACCUCCAAGAAGCUGAUGGAAGUUUUGGCAUGGUCUUGGAAAGUGCUGUGGGAUGGUGUGGUGCCCAAAAAAGAUGAGGCAGGGAUGCCCACAGAGAAAUACAAGGGGAAGAGAAUGAGGAGGGGAGUGCUAUGGUCAGUGAGUGGAGAUUUAGAAUGGUUUGCAGCUGAGUUUGGUUUCCCUUAUGCUGCAGCCAACCUUCUCUGCCCCUAUUGCAAUGCAGACCAAUGCAAAGAAGACAGCCCCAGGCUUUUCACAGAUUUCAGGCAAACCGCAGCCUGGAGAGCCAGUGUGCUGUCACCGAGCAAAUUCAAGGAGAAGUUUGGAGCACACCCACUCUUCAGAGCUCCAUGUGUGACCCCUUUGUCCAUUAGGCUGGACAUUUUGCACAUCCUGGACCUUGGUGUAGCAGCAUAUGCACAUGGAUCUUUGCUUUUUAGCAUCAUGGAGAAGUUGCCAGGAGCUUCCAGAGCUGUGAGGCUAGCCAACCUGAACAAGAAGAUAGUGGAAGCCUAUGACAAGCUGGGGGUGGCAGCCCAAAAGAGGAUCAAGCACCUGUCUUUGUCAGACCUGGCUGAGAGUGCAGAAGAAUACCCUUGCCUCAAGCACAUCAAAGGAGCUAAAAUUCGCUAUUUUGCCCCAGUAGCUUUGGAGCUGGCCAAGGAGUACAGCAUGGACAAGGCUGGGAAGCACAGGGAAGCAUUGGCAAAGCAGUUGGUCAAGGCAUACCAAGUCUUAGAGUGCAGCUGGCAAGAAUGGCGGUUUGAAGCUUUCAAGAAGGCAGUGGAUGAUUUCAUGGCCCACUACAGCUGGCUGGCAGCCAAUGCCUUGGAGGAAGGCCUCACCGAGGGGUGCGAAGAGAUGAGUUGGAGAGCCUUGGCUGCACGUCUGACCAAAAAGACAGAUGCGCCCGAAACAAUCACACGCGCUUACCGCAGGUUCUCCAGCCCGCAGGAUGACCAAGAGCCUCCCAGCAGCAGAGGCGAUUGCUUGCGCGGCUCCAGUGACUGGGCUGAUUUGGAGAGCUUUGAUUCGUCAGACAAGGGCAAGGCACUGGCCAAUUACAAAGCGCCUUGCCUUUCAAAGCGUCAAAAACGUCGGCGGUUCGAAGACCUGUAUUGGUGCAACGUCCACAUCAAUGCAAUCCUUGGGGCCGAACGUUGUCGCCGGCGCAAAGACUACAAUUUGGACAAGGUGUUAGAUGAGUACAUGGCGAUAGUCCCGUACACCAAAGCGGGGCCAUUUUGGGCAUUGAAAGAUGGAGAUGAGAUGCUGGCCCCAUUUGGGCCUUCCUCCAUUGAAGCGGUCUUCAAGCUAAUUCCUUUCGCCUCACAUGUCGCCAAGCCAAGCACUGAUGUCUGUGGGGGCGCACGUCCAAUCUCACUGGCGCAGAUACUUUGCACGCCCGUGGGAGAGACGGCCUUUGCAUGGCAGCUUCGGCUGGAAUGUUGUUCUCUCUUUCUUCACCUCAUCAAAGACAUGAAGGUGGUGCAACUGGAGGCUUUACUGUUGACCUUCUAUUGGCCUGAAAUUCAACGGAAACCGGAGCUUUUGGAUGUGUUGUCUACAUCCAACAUCGCGCUUAGUCACCGGGAUCGGGUCAAGAAAUUGGCCAGCGCUUGGCUCCUCAUGCAUUUCCUUAGUUUGCCAGUCGCAACCAGGACGUCUUGUCUGCGUCCCAAUUGCAUGCCUGACGGAUUGUUCUACAGAUAUGUCCGGAUGCAGCUUUUCCUCCGAACGUUUCAGGCUAAGAGCUUGCCAAAAGGAAGGUAUAUGGCGCGCCAUGAUGUGUGCGGCGGAAGCGUGCCAUUGUGGGGCGAUGUCAGGGUGCUGUCUGCCUUGACAGGUGAAUGUGUGUUGUCGUGUUCAAUUCCGGACUGGUUGGAAGAUGACGAAAGUUUCCUUCAUCUUGCCCGCACAAGUGCCGUCGAAGCCUUCGGUCUGCCAUACUUCGCCCUUCAUUUCCUCUUGUCAGACCAAUUGAUUGAAGAGGAGGCCACUUGGCAGGACUUAGGUUGCCCAAGCAUAGUCACAAUGGUGAAAAAGCCCAAAGCAUUAGAUUGGGCAGACGACCUCUUCGAUGCCAUUGAGAAAGAUGAUGUCGGUGCUGUCAAAGAAAUCCUGAAGAUGGGUCAGGACCCGGAUACAACCAUCAUCAAUUCUGCUUUAGGCACUGCAGUCCAGCAGUGCAACCUCCCAAUUGUGAGGAUGUUGGUCAGAGCGCAAGCCAACGUAAAUUAUGUCCCUCCUGGACAAAAAGGUCCUUUGCAUUCCGCUGUGAUUCACGACGCAGAAUCCUGUGCCUCCUUCUUGCUUUGGCAAGGGGCGAACCCAAAUCUAGAAGACAAUACUGCGGCUAAAAACACGCCCUUGCAUUAUGCAGCUGCUUACGAAGACGCGGCCUUUGCUGACAUGCUGCUCGCUCAUAGGGCAAAUCCUUUGAAGCAAAAUGCAUGGUAUUCGUCUCCGUACACACUAGCGCGUUGCUGUGGCCCUGUUGUAUCCCUUUGCCUCGAAUACCAUUUUCAUCGUGUCGAUGCUGCUACCCUCUUGCAGGGCAUACUGUCAAUCUUGGCAGAAUACGGAUGUCCUUCCAGUUUGUGGUGCGCGUCUAAAUCGUUUCAAUCGGAACGCCCGUGUUGGGAUGUGGAAGGGGGCAGCGCAGUUUCGUUUGUCUUGGCUUGCACAGGAAAGCAUAUAUGCAGCCUCAGUGUCACGGAAGAUUGCACAAUUCUUGGUCUCAAGCAGCAUGUUGCUCGCCAUCAUGGGCAUCUUCCCUUUGCUGUGUCGCUGGUCCUGGAAGGCAAGGUGGUCCCCAUGGGAGCGAUCUGGGCCGUGGUUGGGUUCCCGCCCCCUCCAGUGCUGGAUGUCGUUCUUCACGCCAGAACAAAUCAGUAUAGGCUGGAUUUGUCUUGGGCUGUUCAAGAACAGCAGCAUGAUACAAUUAUUGCAAUCUUGUCUGCAGGCCAGGAGCCAAAUUGCUCAGGCAUUGUGCGGCGAACUGGGCGCCAAGAGGCGGUACUACUCACUGCAGUUGGAGCUGGUUUGUUUUAUUGCGUUCACCUUCUGCUGUCUGCCUUUGCCGACCCGAGGGUUGUUGGCAACGACAGUCGAAGCGCCUUGCACUUGGCCACCCUGAAAAAUACUCCAACAACUUUGCAGCUGUUGUUAGAUUCUAGAGCUGAUGUGCACGUGCAAGACUUUGGCGGAGAAACGCCGUUACACUUGGCGGCCAUGGGCGGAAAUGUUCUGCUUGUGAAACAGUUGCUCUUGGCGGGCGCCGAUCCCUUGGUUCCUGAUGCGAGGGACCAGACGCCUCUUUUAUGGGAUGUUUGUGGCGGAAGCACACUUCGAGAUUUGCCCUCCGCGAUCCAAGCCAAUAGACAAGUAGCCCGGAAGCGGAAAAUUCAGAAGCUUAUCACGUGGACACAGACUGGGAUGGAGUUGCCAAUCCGUGGUGAUGGCGCAGACGGGUUGGUGCCAUUCAACUAUGAGCAUUUCGUGGCUUGUCAAGACCUCACGACCUUGGCUUGGCUCCACCCGCACGGUCGCGACGUUCAUGUCCGUUUUGAGCAGGAAAACCACGAGUACUUUGUUGAUGGAGCGAAGACGCAAGGAUCAGCCACGGGGAUGAUUCACGCCUUUUCGCGUCCUUUUGAUGCGGAUGCAGUUAUCCGCGGCAUGAUGGCUAGUGACCGUUGGCCCCGACCAAAUUAUUUGCGUCCCGUUAUGACGGAGGCCGUGUUGCAGAGGGUGCGCGCGGUUGAUCCUUCCCUUCUUCUUGCGUUGCUCGAUGUUCCACGCAACGACCCGUGGAUUUGUGAACGGGUCCAAGCAUUGAAGCCGCAGUUCCCAGACCUCAGUCAUAGUUUAUCCUUGGGGCCAGACGAGAUCAAGACAAUGUGGAAGAUGAAAGGCAGUGAAGCGGCUGCAUGUGGUUCUUAUAUGCAUUAUCUGUUUGAAGCCCAUAUCAAUGGGUAUGCAGUGCCGCAAACCAGUCCUGAAUUCAGAAUGCUGAUCAAAUUCCUCGACAAAAUGCAGGGGUGGCGGGCAUACCGGACUGAAUGGGUUGUUUUCGCCGAAAAUGAAAAUCUAGCUGGCUCUAUAGAUUUCUGUGCCGUAGACAAUGAAGGCUCACUGGCGCUGAUUGAUUGGAAAAGGUCUGCGAAUUUGGCAGAAAAAUUUUGGUCGCCUUGUGCGAUGUUGCCGCCCUUGGGCCGCAUUCCCGAUUGCGCUGGGUCACAUUACAGACUUCAGUUGAACGCUUACAGGCACAUCAUUGAGAAGUACUACGGGUACAAGGUUUCAAAAAUGUUCAUUGUUGGCACUCAUCCAGACAGGCAACUGGACCCUUUCAUUGAUGAAGUGCCGCGUAUGGAGGCCGAGAUUGAGGCGAUCAUGAAGAUUUGGCAGCAAAAAGCGAAAGAUGUUUGUGGCGGUGCGUUAGAUAGUUCUCAGCCUUCGCAAGGCAGAGCCUUGAGCGAACAACCGUGUGAGACUCAGCCAGAAGUGGUAGAGACGCAAGUGAAAGAGGAAGGCCCUGAAGACCCAGAUCUGUGUGAUGUUGAGGAUGAUCCUUUGCUGGCUUCCGUGAAGAAGAGACGGCUCAUGAAAGGGGCACAGACAACUCGGAGUGAGUUUGAGGAUAUGUUUCGCCAGUAUCAUGAAUGGAACGAGGCCUUAGUUCAUGAGGACAAGGACACAGCAGGUGCCAACGAUACAAUUCUGGCUCGUGUUUGUGAACUCCGGCGGAUAGUGACCGACAAAUACCCUGCCUGGUCUGAGCGCUUGGUGCGCAUUGGCGCCGCUGCUCUUGCAGCAUACCGCGCCAGAUUGUCCGAUCGUCUCUUCAUGGGCGACAAUGCCUUCUUCCUGUGGCUUGUGGAAGGUGACAGGUUCAUUCGGAUUCAUGACGGCUUCUGCUAUAUCUACAAUGACAAUGGCGCCUUUAUGCCUUACUCCGGGAUCCCGCCUCAAGCCGUACUUGCGCGAUUAGCGCUGUUCUUCUCCCAGCUGGAAGGUAUUUUCAGGCGAAUGGACCCUGCAACCCGGCGCAACGAUGUGGACAUUUUGGCUUCUAUUGCAGCGGACCGCGCCCAUUUCGCAGACGAAGAGAAAUUCUUAGAGGCGUGCCAAGAGGCCGCGAUAUGGCAGCAAACCAUGGCACCAGCCCGCGAUGAGUUUGGCGAAGAUGCUGAUGAAAUAGUAGAAGCGGAUGUUCCACGAGGAAAUGAUUGCUACAUUUUCAUUCCGCACCCACUGCUUGAUCCAGUGUUGCAACAGCAACAAAAACGCCUCGAAAAGUUUUACCAGCAAACAUUUUGGGCGAACAAUGACGUGUUCCAAUGCAAUAUGGCUGCCAUGGCCUUAGCGAAGCGUGGCUUCAAUGUGGACAGGUGCUUCAUUGGUGAAUCCCCUGGGGGGGUUGGGCAGUCCUUGCUCUCUUUGCAUAUUGAUGCAAUGCUCGGCUCCAAUCAUGGAUACUUCGAUCCAAACGUUUGGUACAACGAAGAUGAGCCCCGAAAGCAGGUCGAAUCCUUCGCUCGCUGCAUCGUCGUCACUGGCCAAGAAGCGCCAGAAUCACACAAGAGGUUGCAUUUGGAUUUGUUCAAGAAGACUAUGUCAGGGGAUGGGAUAGCGGGGCGGAAGCCAUACGGAUACACAACGCGAAUGUUCAGCGUUGUGGGUUGGAAACGCCUGGAAGUAAACCGUAUGAUGGUUUUUGCAGGAAUCACCAAAUCCAACUUCCAGUCAGUCAUGCGCCGCGCUCUUGUGUGGAAACCAAAGGCUAGGUUCCACCCAGAGUCUGUGUUGAAACAAGCUCAUGCAGAUCAUGAGGAAGACGGGCAUUUCCUGGCCGAUCCAACUUUGAAGCAAUUUUUGGUGAGUCCGGGCGCUUGUGCUGCUGGUUUGCACACGCAGCACGCCUUCGAAAUGCAGCACAGCCAGAAUGAAUGCAUGCACCUGAUUGAUGAUUAUGCCACCGGCGGCGAUGGAUUUCUUACUGAAGACAAGAUGCGGAAGGCUUGUGGGUUGGAGCUCCGAGUUCGCCACGAAGAAACUGCAAUGGGAGGCGUGGGUCUCUUACAUGUGUCAGAUUCACAAGAGGAACGGGACCAGGAAGAAUUGCAGUACACUGCGCUGCGUGAUUUUGUUGUGACAAAUUUGCUGGCUGAGUCCUGCAGUGACAUCACACUGUGGGAGUUCAAAAAGGUUUACGCACAGUCGAGCAACAAGCCCAACGCAUCGCACCAAACAGCUUUCAAAGAGUUGAAGACAAGGAAAAUGAUGCAGAAAGGAUGCAGAAAAGGCAAAGCCAAGAUCCGCAAGUAUUUGGAGGAGAACCCUUGUCGAAACAACAAUGUCUAUAUUUUGAAGCAGUUUUUUACCGAAUGCCUGACAGAAGAGAAGCGGAAAAAAGGCCGGCCAGCUGCCGACGACCAUGCAAAAAAACAGACGUUACAAGACCAACUAUGCAAGCUGGAAACCUAUGAGAAAGUUUGCCAAAACCUUGUAGAGAUCGCUUGCCCAGAAGCAGCAUCGCAGCCAGCGCAAACCCCACUGCGCAGAUCCAGGGCCAAGCAGCCCCCGGCGCAAGUGGCUCCUGCCACCGGCCUCGUAGAAACUUCUGUCCGCUACAAAUACAGCGGUGAUCGGAAACUUCGCGGACGGCGGUAUGCAACCCAAACUUCUGCCCAGAAAUGCGCGAGGCGGAUUCAAACCCAACUCUUUGAUCAUACAAUUGAUUUGGACAUUGAGAACUGUUGCGCUACGCUUGUCCUGCAAUUGCUUGAAAAGUUGAAACCCAACCCACCUAUGCCGGAGGAGGCAUUGAAAGCUCUUCGUCGCUGGACGGACAAUCGUCGGCUUGUAUGCCGGGAGGAGCUACAGGUAUCAGAUAGUCACGGCAAGAAGUUGGUUACAGCUUGGCUUUCCGGAGGGACGCCGGACAAGUCAUUCAAGGAUAUUCCGUUUGCGAGGAACAUUCAGAGGGCGUCCAUUUAUCUUCGUUGGCUGGCAUGCUCUGUUUUGGCCAAAGAUUACGAAGAAUUGGAGACAAGAAGCGACAAGCCGUAUCCAGGAGCGACAGCAUUCUUCUACAUGUGGUCGGGCGUGGAAGAUGCUGUGCUGGAAGCCUGGUCUGACUUCUUGCUUUUGAAGCGGCCAACGCACCUGUCGCUGCAUUUCGACGGUGUGCGGGUCAACGCAGACGACAAGGAAAGCUACCUCCAAGCGUUCUUGCAACCUGUCCAGGAGGCAGGAGAUGUUAUGAUGUCGGUGAUCAAGGAUGGGUCCAAGGAGUACCGACUAGAAGCAUCCAGCCUUUUAGAGCUUGCUGAGGGGUCGACAGACUUUUCCACCAUCGUUUCCUUUGCAGUCUCCCCCAAAAAUGGAGAUGGUCCUACAGCGUUUUCUUGCCUGUUGGAGCUCCAGGCCGGCUCGUCGCCCUCGGCAUCCUUAAGCGACGACAGCACCCUGUUCCAUCAGCCCCGUUUCAUUGACAGCGAAUUCUCCAGCCCAAGGUCGUCCGUGUCCUCGGCCAUUCCUGCUUUCAUGUUGUUCCCAGAGUUCGUAGAGAAGCGCAUCUCAUUGUUCGAAGGUUUGUGCUGUGAUUAUAUUCAACUCCUGGCAAGUCAGCCGGGUCUAUGGGCAGAGAUCCCUUCAACUUUCUCCACCUUGUCGCAGGCCGAAUGGAUCACAGAAUUGUCCAAAGCAAGAGAUCUGCUGGUAAAGGUGUCCUGUGCUAGUGCCGCAGAACCUUUGAAAGAUUCUGUGCUGGUCACCCGCGUAGAAAAAAGAUUGAGGGUGUACAUAUCUAUGCUCAGGAAUCAUUGUGAUACAUUGCAUGCCUCAGACUUCUUGGGUGAGAUUCCCAACCCAUGCGAUGGGGGAAUAAGCAAGAGGACUUGGGAGUCGCAGGUGAUGCUGUGCAGACAGAAGCUUCGGGAAUUCAAACAGGGUCAUGAUGUUCAAGGCGGCAGCUCAGAUGAUAAGCAAGGCGGUGCAAGUUCUGACGACGAUGACGAGGGCAGAGAGCCAGCAGAGCCCCGCUUCGUGAUCGACGACGAGGGCCAAAUCACUUUCCAAGACAUCAUCAAAGAUUCCUUGGAGGAGGAAGUUCAUGCUUUCAUGGCAGAAAUUGAGCACAACAACAUUCGGAAGAUGCACGGUGCAUACUGCUGCCCUUUCUGCCCUUUCCGAGCUUUUGGUCGAUUGUGCCAGCUCUCUGAUCACCUGAGGCGCCAUCAUGUCGCCGCCAAGCAGUUUGUGUGCUCAGGAAAGAAGCAGGUAAAAGUGAUUUUGGCCUUGCACGAUUCAGAUUCUGUCCGCAAAGAGAACGGUACAGACUACUUGUUUCGCAGUGCCAUGCUCCUUAGAACUCAAGUGGUUCCUCCUCUCGACCGCAACAAGAAUUUUAUCGACAAGAACCUACGCCUGCUGCUAGAGAAAGACGGUCCAAGAUAUGUCAACCAAAAGGCCCUUGGAGAACAAAUCGUUGCCCGCAGAGUGUUGAACAUCUAUUACGACAAAUCCUUUGCCGAAAUGGUCUACAGGGAAAUUGUCUUGCACCAUUCGAGUGUCUGCAUGACCGUGCAGGGACAGGCAAACUAUCGAGCAGCGGCUGAAACCCGCAAUGCGGCGUGCUUCAAUGAUGAGCAUUCAUUGAGAAGGGUGUUGACUAUCAGGGGGCGUACCGGUGCCGUUUUAGGCAUGGUUCCUGUUCCCAGCGAAGAGUCUCCAAAGAUCAAGGAAUCUCUGUGCACACUUUUCUCCAACCAGGCAUUGUUCCAGGUUCGAUACUUAGCUACAGACAACUCGUCCCCUAAGCUCUUCCGCGAAUUGAAAGAGAUCUGCCCAAACCUGAGCUGUCUAUCCUUGGAUCCUGUUCAUCUGGCGAUUGUCUACGAAUAUGCCCAAUGGGGAAAGAAGACGACUGGUUCAAAAGUUUUACGGUGUUUGCUACAUAAGAUGAACCAGGUAGCCCCGAACAUGCGUUCCAGCUCUUGGGGGCCCCUCUUCACUGGCACCGCCCCGCCAAGCCUGACUCGCGAUGAAGAGCGGGCACGACAUCUCAUCACAGACGGCAGCAUGGGCGCAACCAGGGCCAAACGCAUCCUGGACAACCUUCAUCCAGAUUCGCCUUUGUUCUGCCGAAUCACCUUCAUUGAGGCAUUAGCCGCCCUUUGUGCAACGUACCCACAUGAGGUGAGCCGUAAAGUGACAGGCUCCAACAAAGAAAUUAGGAAGGUUCUUUGGGCAGCCACAGCACCAGAUAGAUUGGAAUGGCUGAUGAACAACCUUCGUGUGCGCCACGGUCUAACCCCUCUAGAGCGGGGGUUGCUGCCAAGCGGCACGUCCUCUAAUGAGUCCCUUCAUGCCGAGAUAAAUUCGUGGACAAAGUCAAUACGGUCCCUGCAUCAAAGCACCUUGCGCAUGAAGUUGGAAAUUAUGCAGUUCGGUAAGAUGUUGACCCACCAUGUGGCUUCAUGUUUUCCAACAGUUCAACAAACUUCUGAAUCGAUAUUGCUCGCGCGAGCAGUGGGCGAAGAAGUUUGGACAGAGGCCGAUUGGAGGAAGUGCUGUUCGUCAGCUAAGGCAGUGCUACCACUACAUAAGUCCAGGCAAGAAGAAGCCAAAAAAGUCAAAGACUGGAAGAACGGCACGGCAACUAAAGUGCGGAAAAAGGCUUUGAAACCUUUGAAACGCACCGUGCAUUCCAUCAAGCGUAUGCACUCCCUCCGCUCAGCGGGUGUGAAAGCCAAAGGGCUUCGACACUAA